CAUAGCCCUGAGCUGAAGCCAUUAUUCAGUCUUGUGUGGUCCCGUAUACAAUCCCUUUGUAUCCCACCUACUUCCUAUAUCAACGUCCCGCCCCUUCUCGACCCUUCUUUCGGUUAUGCAAAGCCAGAAGGAGGCACAAUAUGUCAGUGCAAUGUCAUCAGCUAUGCCUUGAUGGCUGGUUGUAUGUGGUGUCAACUUGGAAAUGUCAGUACGUGGCCGGACGAACGAGACUUCAGCUCUCAGUGUGAUGAAUACACUUUCGACGGGCCAGGUUUCGCCGAGGCUGUUCAGCAGAUCCCACUGUAUGCCUGGAAGCCAUGGAGCGGGGAACAGUGGGCCGCAGCUCCCGCUUCGUCGUCCGCCACUUUAUUCAUCUCGAGUACUCCGACGGGAACCACUACCCUUUCUCGAUCAUUCCCUCCCGCGACAGUGACACGCACACCGACCUCUACGUCUCCAAGUUCCCUCACACGCUCUUCUUCGCCUUCUGCCUCUGCUACAGACGCUUCGAAUGACGCACCGUCAAGCAGGACAAAGUGGGGAUCCAUCAUUGGUGGCGUGGUGGGCGGUAUCCUCGCCGUAAUCCUCAUCUUCUUCCUUUGGCGCAGACACGUCCGUCAGAAACGUCAACGGGACAAAGAGGAUUUGGUUAUUCGGUAUGCGCCACCAAAGACGUCGUCUUCUCGCGGUCAGAGUCUCCUCACCUUCUUCGGCGCAGCUGGCUUCUUGGACAGAUCAGAGAAGGAAAAAGACGCAAAAAGAGUUACGGAGCUCAUGAAUGAUCCAAAGUCUUUCCGAUCACCUCGACCUGCACCGAAGGCUCCAUCAAUCGACGACUGGAGAUACACCACCACUCAAGACCGGAUGCGAGCGAGGAAAGCAGAUAGUGACGACAGUCUCAGUGGUCAGAGUGGAAUGUCAGCUCGGCAGGUCCUUUUAGAAAUCCAUCAAUCUCCGAUACCAACCCCAGGAUAUAGCACCGACGGACGACUACUGGUCCAUGAGUCGCAAUACGAUGACGAUCCGCUGGAAGGCGAGGAUCAUCAAGAAAGCAACAGGGGUGCUUGGGCGGGUGGAAGUGGCCCUAACGCCCCACUUUCAACAGAUUUCUCUCAGCCACGUCCGUUCUCAGCUUCAGAUGUCCAGACCCUGCCGUCAUUAUACGAACCACAGACAGGUGCCACAAGGUUCACCAAUACUAGCCUAUUGACAGGAGAUGCCACGCAAAUGAGUCCUGAUAGCCGAUAUCCCGCCACAGAAGCUGGGCGAGGAGGGUCAAUGAUCGGUGAAACACUAGGGACGGGGAAUAGGCGAGCGUUUGGCACAUCACCUCCUGCUCCAAGCCAUUCUCAGAGGCCAAAGAAGGGAAGACGUAGGUGAAUGAGGACCACUGGUGCGUCCUUACAGUGAAUAUUAUCGUGCAUGAUGUCCAUGACUCCGUCGUCUGGCCAUGGUCGCAUCUACAUAUGUUCCAUUCGUGAUUGAAUGAUGCAGGAGGUUGGCGAAACGAACCUCGAUCGCUAAAACAGGAAAACCUGGUCUUCAAGUUUUGAGACCGUUCUCGGUGCUGGAUAUCCAAUCUCUUUCA